CCAAUCUCUCUUCCACAACUAUUGCUACUCUCUCACCUCAAACUACAAAAAAAAAAAGAUAUACAAACUUUUUUUUUUCUUCUUCUUGUAAUCUUCCCACCAAAACUUGUUUCUCGUGUUCCAUUUUAGUUCCUUUAGAUGCAAGACUCUUUUCUUCCCCGGUCGGAACGUAAUCUCCGUUCACCAGCGAAGGAGAGAACCGGAAAGAACUCAAAGUCUAAAACUGAGCAAAAGAGUGUUUCUAAGCAUCCCAAUUUUCGUGGGGUCAGAAUGAGACAAUGGGGAAAAUGGGUGUCUGAGAUCAGAGAGCCAAGAAAGAAAUCAAGAAUCUGGCUCGGCACUUUCUCCACGCCGGAAAUGGCGGCGCGUGCACACGACGUGGCGGCUUUAGCCAUCAAAGGCGGCUCUGCUCACCUCAAUUUCCCCGAGCUCGCUUGCCAUUUGCCGAGACCGGCAAGCGCCGAUCCUAAAGACAUUCAAGCCGCCGCUGCAGCAGCCGCAGUGGAAUGGAAAGCACCGGAGUCGCCGUCGAGCACGGCGACGUCAUCUAUGACGUCAUCUUCAGUCGCGGACGACGCAUUCUCCGACCUCCCUGAUCUUUUGGUAGACGUGAAUGAUCACAAAGUGGACGGAUUCUGGGACUCGUUUCCGUACGAUGAACCUUUCUUCAUGGGAAACUAUUAGGAAGCUGUGAACUCGGAAAGACGGCAACUUCCGGCCGGUGAAUGAUUUUUUUUCUGGUAGAUGGUGUCGCUAUGUAAGUUUUGUCUUUUUGGGGAAUUUUUGCUUUUUAUUUUUUUAUUUUGCGUGUGAGUAAGUUUCCAAGUGUACGACGUGUAAGUAAAGAAAAAGGUACAGGUUUAUUUAUUUUAUUUUCCUCUUGUUUUUUUGUACAAAUUCGAAUGUAAUUAACAAAACGUUUUGUUUA